AUGGAAGAGGAGCUGAAGUGCCCAGUGUGCGGGUCCCUGUUCCGAGAACCCAUCAUCUUGCCCUGUUCCCACAACGUCUGCUUGCCUUGUGCCCGCACCAUCGCUGUGCAGACUCCUGACAGCGAGCAACACCUGCCUCCACCACUCUUGCACACUCGAGGCCCGUCGUUGCCUACCGGCUCAGCUGCAGGUCCUCCACCAGAAUAUGAACCUGGGACUGGACCUGCCUGUGCCGUGGGAGGCACAGGCAGUGGUGGCGGCGGCGGCGGUGUAGGUGGUGUCGUUGGGGGAGGGGAUCAUGCCGACAAGCUGAGCCUGCAUAGCGAGACGGACAGCGGUUAUGGCUCCUACACUCCCAGCCUUAAGUCCCCUAAUGGAGUGCGGGUACUACCCAUGGUGCCCGCACCUCCUGGCUCCUCAGCCGCAGCUGCCCGCGGCGCCGCCUGCUCCUCCCUGUCCUCUUCUUCCUCCAGCUCCAUCACCUGCCCUCAGUGCCACCGCAGCGCCUCUUUGGACCACCGCGGCCUCCGUGGCUUCCAGCGCAACCGGCUGCUGGAGGCCAUUGUACAUCGCUAUCAACAGAGCCGGGGGUCCGGGACUGGAACAACGGCAGCAGCUGCCGUUGCCCAUUGCCAGCUCUGCGACCGCACCCCUCCGGAGCCAGCAGCCACGCUCUGUGAGCAAUGCGAUGUACUUUAUUGCUCUGCCUGCCAGAUCAAAUGCCAUCCGUCCAGAGGACCGUUUGCCAAGCACCGCUUGGUGCAACCACCGCCGCCACAGCCAGCGGCCUCUGCACCUUUAGGUGCUACCCAAGGAGCCCCCAGCGGCAGCGGUGGCAGCAGUAGCAGCAGCAGCAAAAGCCCAGGUCCUGGGGCAGGAGCAGCAGGGGGCACCGGGGUCCGUAAAUUUCCUACCUGCACGGAUCAUGAGCUGGAGAACUAUAGUAUGUACUGUGUGAGCUGUCGUACUCCUGUCUGCUACCAGUGUCUGGAAGAGGGCCGGCACAGCAAGCAUGAAGUCAAACCUCUGGGGGCCAUGUGGAAACUGCACAAGGCACAACUGUCUCAAGCACUGAAUGGGGUUUCUGAUAAAGCAAAGGAAGCUAAAGAGUUCUUGGUUCAGCUCAAGAACAUACUUCAGCAGAUCCAGGAAAAUGGGCUAGACUAUGAAGCCUGCCUGGUUGCUCAGUGCGAUGCCCUGGUUGAUGCUUUAACUCGACAAAAAGCCAAAUUACUCACCAAGGUCACUAAAGAGCGGGAACACAAAUUGAAGGUGGUUUGGGAUCAGAUCAACCAUUGCACAUUAAAAUUACGCCAGUCAACAGGCCUAAUGGAAUACUGCCUAGAAGUGAUCAAAGAAAAUGACCCCUCUGGGUUUUUGCAGAUUUCAGAUGCUCUGAUCAAGCGUGUCCAGGUGUCUCAGGAGCAGUGGGUCAAAGGAGCUUUGGAGCCCAAGGUGUCUGCAGAGUUUGAUUUGACCUUGGACAGCGAGCCUCUGCUUCAGGCUAUCCAUCAACUGGACUUCAUCCAGAUGAAAUGUAGGGUGCCACCCGUCCCCUUACUGCAGCUGGAGAAGUGCUGUACCCGAAAUAACAGUGUCACCCUGGCCUGGAGGAUGCCGCCUUUUAUCCAUAGCCCAGUGGAGGGCUAUAUCCUGGAGCUGGAUGAUGGGGAUGGUGGACAGUUUCGGGAAGUCUAUGUUGGCAAGGAGACCCUCUGCACCAUUGAUGGCCUUCAUUUCAACAGUACAUACAAUGCAAGGGUCAAGGCUUUCAAUUCCUCUGGAGUUGGACCUUACAGCAAAACUGUUGUUCUCCAGACAUCUGAUGUGGCCUGGUUCACAUUCGACCCCAACUCUGGUCAUCGGGAUAUUGUCCUGUCAAAUGACAACCAAACAGCAACAUGUAGCAGUUACGAUGACCGAGUGGUACUGGGCACAGCAGCUUUUUCCAAGGGAGUCCACUACUGGGAACUCCACGUGGACCGAUAUGACAACCAUCCAGAUCCAGCUUUUGGUGUAGCCAGAGUCAAUGUGGUCAAGGAUAUGAUGCUGGGCAAGGAUGACAAGGCUUGGGCCAUGUACGUGGACAAUAACCGAAGCUGGUUCAUGCAUUGCAACUCCCACACCAACCGGUCUGAAGGUGGUGUAUGUAAAGGGGCUACAGUUGGUGUACUUCUGGAUCUGAAUAAACAUACCCUGACCUUCUAUAUCAAUGGGCAACAACAGGGUCCUACUGCCUUUGACCAUGUGGAUGGAGUCUUCAUGCCAGCUGUCAGCCUCAACCGAAAUGUCCAGGUCACCCUGCACACGGGACUGGAGGUGCCGUUGAAUCCCAGGCAGCAAAAACUGUCUGGCAACUGA